AGUACUCUAACGCCGCUAAACUGAAUUUGAGACAUGCGGACAGGCAGAGAAAACAAAUGGGAAAAACAUAACGUUAUUAAUUAUCAGCUAAUGUAAUUUAUAAUAAUAAUUAUUAAUCUCAUUGUGUUGAGACUUAAGCGCUUAAUCUCCGCAUCGACCGUUACAUUUUCUCUCACACAGCUGCUGUUCCUUUCCUGAGGAAGUACGAGGGAACGGUCACAGGAAAGGUGCGUACAUGAGUCAGCAAAACACUCGGUUCAUGCUGGAGCUUCAGUGGAAGUGAGAGUUGCUGUGACAUCAGCAUCAUGUGUGAAAGAUGAUCCAGUUCUGGUGACUGAAGCAGUCAGAGAAGGACGAGAUGGCAUUGGAAUUCCUGCCAGCACUGGCUCGUAUGGUCGUAUGCGGCGGCACCCAUGGAAAUGAGCUGUCCGGUGUGUAUGUGGUGCAGGAGAUGGAGCGACAGCGGAAAGAGAAGGGAGAGGGCGCAUGGCCGAUUCCUGUUACAACCGUGCUGUCAAACCCACGGGCUGUGAAAGAGUGCAGAAGAUACAUUGACACGGAUAUGAACCGCUGCUUCAACACAGCCACGCUGAGUUCUCCUAUUACAGACAGCAGCCCGUAUGAAGUCCGGCGUGCACAAGAACUGAACAAACUGAUGGGGCCGAAAGGAUCCAAAGAUGCAGCAGACAUGAUCUGUGACCUUCAUAACACCACGUCUAAUGUGGGUCUCACACUCAUCCAUUACACAUCCAGUGACUGGGUGACCCUGCACAUCUGCAAAUACUUACAGACUAAGAUAACCAAAGUGCCUGUGAGAGUGCUGGUACUGGAUUUCCCAGUUAGUGACGCAUAUAACUUGGAGUCGGUAUCCAAGCAUGGCUUUACGCUAGAGGUCGGGCCGCAGCCGCAUGGUGUCGUCAGAGCUGACAUCUAUAUGAUUAUGAAAGAGGCCGUCGACUUGACAAUAGACUGGAUUCACAAAUUCAACUCGGGAACGGUGUUUGAAGGCGGGGAUGUGGAAGCCUUCAAGUUUAUCAAGAGUGUCGAUUAUCCUAGAGAUCCAGAGACUCGGACUCUCACUGCCGCCAUUCAUCCCCAGCUGCAGGACAGAGACUUCUGUCUCCUCAAGCGGGGAGACCCUUUGUUUUUUAAAUUUUCUGGAGAAACCGUAAAGUACGAAGAAGAAGACGAGACACUUCAUCCUUUCUUUAUCAAUGAGGCUGCCUACUAUGAAAAGGGAAUCGCUUUUCACUUGGCAAAAAAGUUGAUGCUGACAAUUCCAACGGUGCAAGUACAGAAAGACUGAAUAGAUAUUAAUUAAUGAAUGGAUAUUAAACUCAGCACGUUUGCCAAAAAAUCUAACAUCAAUCAGAUGAUUUCACAAGACAGAAUGACACUCAAAUUAUUUGACCAAUUUUUCAUAUUUAUCUCAGGUAGACAUCAUGUACUUACUUGUAGCUAUAUGAAAAUGAAAAGCUAAUUAAAUUGUAAAAUUUUAAUACAAUGUUUGGUCCAGAGCUUGCAUCUCUUCUAAAUGUAAGUCUGUAACUAACUGUAAACCUUUUGUUUUCUUGGAUCUUGAAGCAAAAACAGUUGAGAACCACUGGUUUAAAGGGAUGGUGUGAAAACAUUUCUGUCCGUCAGAGCCUGUACAUCACAGAAAUACGAAACUUGGUGGAAUGGUUUAUAGUCACACCUGCUACUCAGGCAAGCAAACACACAUCUGUCAGACACUAGGUGGUGCUAUAAUAAGGUUAAAAACACUAUUAUUUCUCCCCCUAAAUUCAUUUCCAAUGAUCUUCACCAAAAUUUGUAUGUCAUGUAAAAACGAGCAUGUGUAGUAAAGUGUGUGAAAAUCGGUUACAAAAUGGUUCUGUAAGCAACUUUACAUUUUUGUAUAGAACUCUGUAACUUUGCAAAAUUCUUGUUUCUUCGGAAUCCUUGUUGUUAAAAGAGAAGUCCACUUCCAGAAUAAAAAUUCACAUAUAAUGUACUCACCCCAUUGUCA